AUGAAAUCCUUCUUUCGGCCGGGCGCCAUGGCCGCCCUUCUCUCUGUGACAGACAUGGCUGUCGCACAGCAGAGCCCGUUCUCUAUUGCCUCAAAUAGCGACAUUAAGAAAACAGCAGCCACUGUCGCAUGGGAUAUGCUUCAAUACUAUCACGGAAACGAGUCUGGCCAGACGCCAGGAAUUCUUCCCGGACCACCUCCUGCUGGUGACUACUACUGGUGGGAAGGCGGUGCCAUGUGGGGGACGCUGAUCGAUUACUGGUACUUGACCAACGACAGCACUUACAACGACCUCAUCAUGCAAGCCAUACAGUGGCAGACGGGCCCUGACGACGACUUCCAACCCCCCAACGUCACUCUCUCGCUGGGAAAUGAUGAUCAAGGCUUCUGGGGCAUGACAGCCAUGCUCGCCGCCGAGGAAAAGUUCCCCAAUCCUCCCGCUGAUAAACCCGGUUGGUUGGCUCUGGCGCAGGGAGUCUUCAACACCCAGGCCAGUCCCGAGCGCCACGACGGCACCUGCGGCGGCGGUAUCCGCUGGCAGAUUCCCCCAACCAAUCCCGGAUACAGCUACAAGAACAGUAUUGCCAAUGGCUGUUUCUUCAAUUUGGGAGCGCGCCUGGCCCGCUACACCGGCAACACGACGUACUCCGACUGGGCUGAGAAGACAUGGGACUGGAUGGUUCAGAUAGGAUUCUUGGAUAAUUCAACGUAUGCCAUCUACGACGGCGCGGACGUGUCAAACAACUGCACUCAAAUCAACAAGGCCGAAUUUUCGUACAACAGCGCGGUUUGGGUUCUCGGCACAGCAUACAUGUACAACCAUACCAACAGUGCCGUAUGGAAGACAAGACUCCAGAAGCUGGUUGACCACGGCCUCGAGACCUUUUUCCCCAACGGCAUCGCAUACGAGCCGUCGUGCGAGGGCGUCAACACUUGCACCACCGACAUGGUAUCCUUCAAGGGCUACCUCCACCGAUGGUAUGCCACGACGACGCAGCUGGCUCCUUUCCUGGCCCCCAAAAUCCUGCCCAUUCUCAAGACAUCUGCGCAAGCAGCCGUCAAGCAAUGCACAGGCGGUGCCCUGGGGCGCCAGUGCGGAAUCAAGUGGAACACGGGCAAAUACGACGGCAGAACCGGAGCAGGUCAAGAGAUGAACGUCGUGGGCGCUGUGUCGUCGCUCCUCAUCGGCCAGGCCCAUGUUCCCGUUACCAACAGCACGGGUGGUACAUCCCAGGGCAACCCCAACGCCGGCAGCAAACCAAACAGUUUCCAGCGGCCACUGACGCCUGUGACAGCGGGCGACAGGGCCGGGGCGGGCAUUGUCACAAUCGUCAUCAUCGGGUCCCUAUGUACAGGGCUUGCCUGGAUGAGUCUGGGCCCGUAAGCUGGCUCGCACCUUUUCCCGCAUGGACAAUUUCAUUUCUUUUGACAAAAACUCUUUAAAACUUAUGACGGGUCUGUGACAGCCGAUGGUUGGCU